UCUUCCCACAGGCUGGCUGUCCGGUCUCUUCGUGUUGGUUUGUCCGUCUCCCACUCCUUCAGGGGUCUCAGGUGGAACACGCCAGGUGGCUCUGAUCUGGGAUCUCUAGUUGGAAAGGGAUGCCUGCCCCCUGGCAGAGGGCGGCCGGUAACCCUGGGGCGUUAGAGGAGGAGGAGGAGGAGCUGGAGGACCGCGCAAAGGAGGAGGGAGUUGGCGGCCGCGGAGUCCCGGGCAGCGGGCCCCGUCCGCGGCCGGCGCGCUCCACGGUCCUCCCUCGCUCUUCUCCUAUGCUCAUAUUUGGACUCGGCGGCCCGUGCCCAGGAAUUUCCCGUCAUGCCUCCCGCCGCCCCGUCCGUCGCCCGGAGCCGGGGAGGGAGGGAGAGAGGUUCGGACAGCGGCGGCGGCUGCUUGGCAUUUCCAUGAGCCCGCGGCAGACCCUCCCGCGCCCCCUCUCGCUUUGCCUCUGCCCCUGCCUCUGCCUGGCCGCGGCCGCGGCUCUGGGAAGUGCGCAGUCAGGGUCAUGUAGGGAUAAAAAGAACUGUAAGGUGGUCUUUUCCCAGCAGGAACUGAGGAAGCGGCUAACACCCCUGCAGUACCAUGUCACUCAGGAGAAAGGGACCGAAAGUGCCUUCGAAGGAGAAUACACACAUCACAAAGAUCCUGGAAUAUAUAAAUGUGUUGUUUGUGGAACUCCAUUGUUUAAGGACAUGGAUGAAUCUGGAGAACAUCAUCCUCAGCAAACUGACACAAGAACAGAAAAUGAAACACCGCAUAUUCUCACUCAUAGAUCAGAAACCAAAUUUGACUCCGGUUCAGGGGUGGACUCAAAUGGACAAACCCAGAAGACUGAUGGAUGAAGCCAGAAUGCCAGUGUGUUUCUUUAUGACAAAUGUGUUUUUCACUUGAGCGAGAAUACUUACAUCUUCAUGAUUACUUACUUCUUUUUUUGUAAGUAAUCCAGUCACAUGAGACAAAAAAUCACAAUAAAAAUUCACUUGAUCAGUUUACCAAAAUAAAUCAUUAAUAUUGGGACUGAAAUUUCCUUAUUGUAACAUAUAUCACCCUAAAGCUAGAUCUCUGAGAAGUUGAAUCAUAAUGGAGGAUUCCUGUUGAGUACAGACUAAGAACAAAGAAAAACAAAUUGAAUGUUUAGUUUUAUGAGUUUAUGUUAACAAUUAUCUAUCUCAAAAUAGGAAUGGUCUUGGAUAGUGAGGUCUUUUAUGACUUAAAUUUAAUUGGCCACAACUUCAUUUAUCUAUUCAUCCAUCCAUCCAUCCAUCCAUCCAUCUACCUAUCCACCAUCUGCCCAUCCAUCUAUAUAAAAGAUAGCCUUGCUGUUGGACCUGGACAAUAUACUGCAAAUUCAUUGCCUAAGAGUGUUUCCACAUUCAAAGAGCAGACCUUGAAAGCAAUCAUAAAGCUGACAAUUUACAGUUUGAAUGUUUCCUACCUUAUCGAAAAAAAUUAGAAUUUCAGUGAUUUAACAAACCACUUCAGUAUAUUUAAAUUAACAUAUAGAACAAGGUUAGUAUAUAGAUCAAGAUAUAGAACACUUUUUUUUUUUUUUUUUGCGAUGGAGUUUCACUCUUGUUACCCAGGCUGGAGUGCAAUGGCGUGAUCUCGGCUUACUGCAACCUCUGCCUCCUGGGUUCAGGCAAUUCUCCUGCCUCAGCCUCCUGAGAAGCUGGGAUUACAGGCAUGUGCCACCAUGCCCAGCUAAUUUUUUGCAUUUUUAAUAGAGACGGGGUUUCACCAUGUUGGCCAAGAUGGUCUUGAUCUCUUGACCUCGAGAUCCACCUGUCUCGGCCUCCCAAAGUCCUGGGAUUACAGGCGUGAGCCACAGCGCCUGGUCUAAGACAUAGAACACUUUCAUCUGUUAUGUUCUCUCAUAUCUUUCUUUAGUCCAUCCCCACUCGUCAGAGGUAACCACUGUUCUGACUUCAGUCACCACAGAUUAGAUUUGCCUGUUCUUGAAUUUCAUAUAAAAUAGAAAUUAUAUAUAUAUAAAAUAUAUAUUAUAUAGUAUAUACUCUUUUUGUGUGUGAUAGCUUUUGCUCCUCUGUGCUUGACCUUAAGGGGCUCUCUGUUUUAAAUUAUCUCUCAUCUUUAUUUUUAUCAUCUUUUUGAGGUUUAUUCAUAUUAUUUGUAGGAAUCAGUAGUUAUGACUGAAUAGUAUAAAUUGGGAAGAAUGUUUGGUCCAAAUUUGGCUACAGUUGAUGCAGUUGUAUUUACUGAGCAGUCUUGGUUUCUAGUAUUCUCAGGCCCAGAAGACUGUUAUUAAUAUAUUAAACCAGUAUGUAGGCAUUUUUCCUUUGACUUAGUGAUCAGUCGUGAUCAGUCAGUCAAUUUGCAUGUACUCUUAAAUAGAGCACUUACUCUAUUUAAAACAUGGUGGAGGACGUAUUAGUAUGAGAUAAUUCCUACAUUUGUGGAGCUUAUAAUCUAGUUAAAGAGAUGAGAUAUGUAUGCAUGAAGAUAUCUGUAGGUUCAGGGCAAUAUGAAUGGUUUCAGCAAUGGAAUCCUUGGAGAAUUUAGAAGACAUGAAUUACAUUAGGGUAUGGCGAUUGAUUAAGGCAGUUCCAUGGUAGAGGUAAUACUGAGAUAUUCAAGGGUAGAAUAUGGGUAGAUAUAAAUAAAGAGGGAGAUAAUUUAAAACAGAGAGCCCCUUAAGGUCAAGCACAGAGGCAUAGGUGCUAAAUGUAUUUGAGGAACAGUAAGUAAACCAACUUGCCAGAACUGGAGUAUUUUUGUUGGGGAGUCCUGGUAUAGUUGGGAGUCUAUUAGAGACCACAGGUUUGGCCAAGGUGGGUGGAUCACCUGAGAUCAGGAGUUCAAAACAGCCUGACUAACACGGUGAAACCCCAUCUCUACUAAAAAAUCCAAAAAUUAGCUGGGCGUGGUGGCACAUGCCUGUAGUCCCAACUACUCAGGAGGCUAAGGUGGGAGAAUUGCUUGAACCUAGGAGGCGGAGGUUGCAGUGAGCCCAGAUCAUGCCACUGCACUCCAGCCUGGGUAACAGAGCGAGACCCUGUCUGAAAAAGAGAAAGAAUUGUUACUUAACUCUGUGGCUAAUAAUAAUAACAACAACAAUGACAACAAAACGAUUUUGAAAUUGACUUUCUGCCUAAUAUGUAACAGGCACUGUACUAAGAGUUUAAUACUUAAUAACUCAUCUAAUUUGCAUAGACCAUACAUUAUUAUUCCCGUUUUAUAAAUGAGUAGACCAAAACACAGGAAGUUUGGAUAUUUUGCCCAAGGUCACAUAGCUAGUAAGUGACAGAACUGGGAUUUGAUCCUAAGUAGUCUGAUUCCAGAGUCUUAACCAAUAUGCAGUCUAAAAACCUAUAAUAUGAGUUGAUGGGAUGAAAACAAUAUUUUAUGCAUUUUUAGUCAUACACCCUAUUCCCACAUUACAUACUUGCUCACACAGUCACAUGUAGUUGUAGAAAUUUUCUCCCCCUCCAAAUAGUUACUCAGAUUCAGUAGUCUGUUGAGAAAUGGAUUUUGAAGGUAAUAUAAAAAUUUUAAUUAAAAUAACAUGGAUUUAUUCCUCCAGCAUUAAAUUGCCUGCUGAGAAAAGUAUUCAUGAAGGAUUUAUUACAAAGAAAUGAUAGAGGGAGAGUUAACUGGUUCUAGAGAAUUUAUAAUAAUUUGUUUUAGGCUAGGGCUCUAUUUUUAACAUAGAUCAAAAUUAACAAUUCACUUUAUACAGUUCACUAUGGUUGACAGGAGGUCAAAGUACAUAUCUUAUAUUGGUAGAUAUUUAUAGAAUGGAAUGAAUCGGUGAUCACGGUCACCUUCUUUGGGCAGUAGAACAAGGAUAUUUGGCUAUUUAUUAUAAUUGACAUAUCUUGCUCAUUCCUGGGCAGAAAUAAACUACAUUCAACAGCAAUGUGUAGAAAAUGUUGCUGUAGCACAUUAGCUGGUUGCAGGCUUAAGAUUAACAUCUUGCUCCAGUAUGAAAAUAUUUAUUUAUUAAGAAACAUGUACAAAUGUAGUAAAACUAUCCAUUAUUUGCUUAUAAUAUCAAAAUAUUCUAGUUAAAAUCUUUUAAAAAGAUAAUGACUUUUUAGUUCUUCUUAUGUCUGAAUACAUUUUCCAUUGAGUCUUUUCUAUUACAGAACUAUGCUAAGAACAUUUUAUAAGAGGUUCUUUUGAUUUUUCGUUAAUUUCCCAGGAUAGGAAUCAAAGAUUAACAAAUCAAAAAUUAACAAAUUUUGCUUAAUAAUCACUAGUCUUACUGAAUUUUCAAUAUCUGUGUUUUAGAUAUUCAAAUAUUCCUUAAUUAAGAACUUAAGUGGCCCUAUGGCCUAUUUUGCAUUCCAUGUUGCAAAUUAGUAACCUUCUAUUGUAGUUGUACUUUCCUUUUUGUUAAUAUUAAAGACAUACUUAAUUGAUACAUAUUUAGGAUGUAUAAUCGACAUUAUAUUUUCACACAAUAGCAUGUAAUAAUGUUUGUUGAAUAAGUGAUAAGUGAAUGAAUGACAUAUGGAAUUAUGUUGUUUUGCCAUUUUCAACCAAUGUAGAAUAUUUACGCUAGUAAAUAUCAUCCUUUUCUUCAUAAAAUGUGUGUAUAGAUUACCUUGCAUCUUAAUCAUUCACAUUGUGGAUGGAAGGCCCUAUGUAGAUGGUAAGAGAUAAAAAAGACAAGAAAAUUUAAUGACAACAAAAAUAUUUUGUGGCAGAACAUAGGAACACAAAACAAUGUAAAGAUUCAAGUUUUAUGGCCUAUCAGUAGUUUUUCUACCAAAAAUGGUAACUUUCAGGCUCCCCAGUCAAUCAAAUAUAGACUUUGGAUUUUUAUCCUAACUUAGAUUAAAAUUUAUUUAUAUGUUAGAAUAGUCUAUUAAAAUUAUUUUCCCCUGUGGUGUGAUAUACUAAUAGUCAGUAAAAUAUGUUUUUACAGUGUGAAUCAAAGUGGCAUUAAAAUUAAUUUAAAUUUGUACAAUAGAAUUAUCUUUUUAGGAAUUUGUUUAAAUUUCUUGUAUUUUGUAGCUUGUUUGAUAUCACUUUUUAUCUGCAUAUUUUGCUUUUUAAAUUACACUACACAGGUAUUUAUUCAAUAUAUUUUUCAUCAUGACCACCUGUUUAGAUAGCAGUAUUCCUUGAAAUGUUGUGAUGAUAUGUGGCUUUUACUGAUUUAUUAGACGAUUUGUUGGGACUUUUUCUGUUGUUUUAAGUAAUGUACUAAUAUAUUUUUUUUCUAGCUUUAUGGUUUUUUUAAAAUUUUUUCAGGGUUGUAGAAGAAUACUUCAUAUCUAGAACUUAGAACUGCCUAUAGGUUCCAGCAUAUAUGUUAUAUACACACACCCCCACCACACACAUGUAUAUAUGUACAUGUGUAUAUAUACAUGUAUAUAUGUGUAUAAAUAUGUAUAUAUAUGUGAAUAAAAAUUUCCUGCCAAAACAUUUUAAAAUUCAGGUUAUUUAUGAAGAAAUAUAGUUUUUUUUCAAAUGUUUUCUUUGUUAAAUUAGUAUGGAUUUUAUGCAAUUUAAGAGUUUUAUUAAUAGCAAAUACAGUUAUGUUAAAUAUGGAAGCCACUUCCUAGAACUAUAUAUAGUUGAUUUUUUUUGUUAAAAUGAUACAAAUUUUUAUGACCAAAUCUACAAAUUAAAAAAAUUUUAAGUCAAAAUGAAUGUGAUUUCAUUAAUUUUUAAUUUUAAUUUACCCAUGUUCAAGUUCACAAAUGUUUGCUGGUCACACACUCUGAGCUUUGUGCAUUGCCUUGAACAAGCUAGUUGUAAAUUAUUGUAGAAUAAUGUAGUAUCUAGCAGAAAUAAUUCUUGGCAUAGAAAUAUGCUAAUGGUAGGAUAGUCUUUUAUGAUUGUGAUAAGUAUGAAAGAAGAUUGUCUCUUUCUGAAGCCUGUUUAUUUUGUAGUUAACAAGGCCAGGGGAGGCUUUUGAUUAUUUUUUGCUUGUGUGCCUACACAUACCUAAGGAAAAAAUAACCACAGAUCCCAGUGUCACUUUAAUUAUACCAUUAAUUUAACUGUUGAUUCAAUAGCUAUUUACUGCUCACAAUAUUUUAGUAUUUGUAAACUUCUUGGUGGUAUAGGUAACAAUAAAGUAAUGAUAAAUGGAUAUUUUUAUCUAAAGUAGGAAAUCACAUAAAUGAACAAAGAUGCAUUGUUAGUAGAUUUUUUGUUUUUUAGUUGGAGUCUCACUCUGUUGCCUGGCUGGAGUGCAGUUGGCACAGUCUCGGCUCACUGCAACCUCCGCCUCCCUGGCUCAAGUGAUUCUCCUGCCUCAGCCUCCCAAGUAGCUGGGAUUAUAGGCAUGUGCCACCAUGCCUGGCUAAUUUUUGUAGUUUUAGUAGAGAUGGGGUUUCACCAUGUUGGCCAGGCUGGUCUUAAACUCCUGACCUCAGGUGAUUCACCCUCGGCCUCCCAAAGUGCUGGAGUGAGCCACCAUGCUCGGCCAAAUUAUUUUAAAUGUAGAGAUAUGCUGCUGCUCAAUAGCAACAAGCUUUAUCAUUUACUAUACAUGGCUAUAUAUUUUGAGGGAAAUGUUUAAAGACAGAUUACAUUCUUAAAUGUGAUUAAAUGUAAUUUCUAUUUUGUAAUCAGCUUUAAAGGAAAUAAUAUUGUAUGCAUUUUCAAAGUAAUUUGUUCUAUACAAAUUCAAAGGACAUUAUGCCUUUUAUAAAAAUUAUGUCAUAUAAAAUAUUGGUAGGAAAUUACUUUUCUAUUUUAUUCUUACUGCUAGAUUUAAUAAUUUUCUUCUUUUGGCAUGAUUUUUCUAAAGAUAUUUUUCAAUUCAUGUGAAUUUUGUUAUCUAUUAUGUGUCACCAUACAAGUAAUGGGUCUAUGUAACAAAAAGAUGAAAGCCUCUAUAUUUAUCUGUUAUCUACAUUUGUUACUAAGAGUUAACUGGAUGGCUUUACAUAGGAUGAUCGGAAACAGGAAAGCUGUGGUUUAGAAAAUGUUUUAAUGUGUUUCAAAUAACUUAGCAGGGCAAUCUGGUAAAAAUGACAUGAUUAAUGACUACAGAAGAUUAAAAUAUUUUCACAUUCUGUUUUUAAUGACCUCUAUCUUAAGUUUCUACCCUAAAAUUUAUAACUAGUAAAAUAUUAUAGGAAAAAUAUAUCAUUCAUAAUCCUCUUGAAGUUCUGUUUUGCCUUAUCAAAUUGUGCCUUCUUUUUAGCCAAAAAUAGCAUAAAUUUAAAAUAAAUUUUAACUGAAAUGUAGCUUUUGUGCUAUUCUUAAAUACACUCAUUAAAGUGUUAAUAUUUACUAGGUUUAACAUAAAAGAUCUAAGAUUAUGUUUUCAAUUAGGGUAACACUUCAAUCAAUGUGUAACUUUAAAAAAUUUAUACAUACAUCUAGGCAGAUCUUCAUCACUUGGAAAUAGGCCAUUUUAGAAGGUUUAACUAUAAAUGUUUCCUAUGUACAUAAAUAGGUGGCAAGUAUAACUAUUAAUGUUGGAGUUUUGCCCAUUGAUUCUAGUGGCUCUGUCUUUUUUAUCCAAAGAUAAUGAUGUGUAUUCAAUCUCUGUCAUAUUUACCUAGAGGAAGUCUUUUUAAUCCCUCAUUUUUCUCCUUCACUGAGGUUAUGUGUAAAUACUACAUAAAAUACCAAAUGGAAGGAAGUCUGUUUUGUCUAAAGAUACCAUUCAUCUUAAACAAAUACAUCAGCCUGUCUCUGAAAGGAUAGUGAUACGGGUUUUAUUUGGUCGGAGAAGGAGGAGGAUGGAUAAGACCAAAGCAAAAAUACGUGGUAAAUUGCCACGUAUUUUUGCUUUGAAAAUUGGAUACAUUUUUCUGAUUGUUUCUGCUUAGGGGAAUCACUUCAACCCCACCUGACAUUGUUUCAGCACUUCUUAAUUUUCAUUACUAUUUGCAUAUUUAUUCAUUCCUAUGUUCAUAUUUGUGAAAACUUGUGUUGAUUUCUAACAGAAAUCUGAAGCUAAUCUUUAAUUAGAUAUCUUAUAGCACCAUUUUCUGGAAAGCUAUAUAUAUAUGAAUUUAUAAUUCCAGUAUGGGAAAAAGAAUGUGUUAACUUCUCCUAAUUAUAUCUGUUUCCUAUUUUAAUUAUUUCUGAAUUUAAAACUCCACAAAAUUAAAUAAAAUAGUUUUAUUUAACUUGCUACACUGUGAAUUCUUUUGGGAUAGAGGCCCUGUUAAAUUCAUCUGUUAUAUUUAUCCCUGGCACUAAAAAAAAUCAAAAUGAAUUUUAAUUGCUUAUAUUUGAUUACUUAUAUUUAUUGUGAAAACGAAUAUAUUUGAUGUUACUUCUGUCAUCUUGUUUCCUCUUUAUUAUGCUUCCUUGUAAUUGUUUUCUUUCCUUUAGUUGGAUUAAUUAAAAGUUUGGCCCUUUUAAGAAAACUUCUAGUUGUGAGUUAUACACACUAUUUCUAUUUAUUCUGUCUACCAUCUAAUUUUAAUGAGCAUAAUUCACCUUAUAUUUUUUUCUGUUAAUAUUGGGAAUUAAUUAAUAUCUAUAACGUCCUUCCCUUUAUUUCAGUAUGAGAACUUUAGUAUAUUUUAAAUUUGCCUCUGACUCCUGCAUGUUUCCCAUUGUGCCUCUACUUACAUAAAAAUCAUGUUUUAAGAAUUCCAUUAAGCAUUAUAGCCUCAUGUUGACUCCUGUUUAAACUUAACUAUUUAAACUAUUUAAUUUUACCUAUUUAUUUACUCAUUAUUGUUUCUUGUGUCCUGUCUUUGCCUUUUUAAAACUCAUUUUUCAUUGUGCUGUAGUACUUCUUUGAAUAUUUUUUCAGAAAUGGUUUUAGAUAGCAAAUAUCUGGAUUAUUUUACAUUUAGAUUGUUUAUUCACACCUCUCAUGAUAUCAAAAAGGAUUAGAGGCAGAAGACACAUCAUUACACAUGUAUUCUUCAAGAGUAGUAAUUGGUAAAGAGAACUUAUAUGAUUCUAGGAUUUUUAUGUGUGCUUCCAUUAAGGGUGGACUCUUUUCUUUUGAAUGAUAAACUUUUUCACAGGUAUAAUUUGAAUUUAGUUUUCAUAACUCAUUUUCUAAAGUUUUUAUCUUGGAGAAAAGAAGGAAUUUGUUAGGUAUCAUUCUAUUAAAAAUACACUUAAACAAUACUUCAUAAGCUUCUUUUCUAUGCAACACAUAUCCAAUAUUGGGAAGAAACAUAUUAAAUAACUAUCUGGUUUAGCAUAUUAAGAUAUGCAUUUCUUAAUGUUGUAGUUUAAAUUUGGACUUGAUAAUUCUUGUUUUUCUCUAAGAGUAGUAUCUUUAAAUUAAAUACAUACAAAUUAAAUUUUAAAGAAAUAGUAUCAUUUUUUUUUUUUUGGCUGGGGAAGCAUGAGCCAAAAAUGUUGGCUUUAUUACUUUUAUGGUUAUUACAUAUUGUACCAAAAUGCAAAGAAGAUUAGAAGGCAUACACCAAAAUGCCAGUAGAUAUGAACUCAGUGUGAUCAGAUUAUAACUUUUUUCUAUCAUCUUUGAUUAAAUCAAAAUAUACAUUGCAUCAAUUUUUAAAUAUCAUUACCAUUUUUGGAUACUUAGUUAACAAUAUGUUAGACCAAUUUAAGGGAUGAUACAAUUUUAUUUUUCACAAAGAUUAAUGUACAGAGACCUUUCAAUGUCAGUUUUGUCAUAAGUGAAAGAAUAGAACUAUCGGUUACACAGAUAAAUGUGCCUUUAAUAUAGACUAUAUUUCCUGAUAUUUCUUGGUCUUAUCUCAUUAUUUCAGUUCUGAGUUUAUUUAUGUAAGGCUGUUGUAGAGCUAAUGGGUGACAGGAUUACAGUACAACAACAGUAUCUUAUUUUAAAAGCACUCAAGGAGCUAAGUUUGACACAACAAGGAAUACAGUUUGGGAAUAAAAGGCAAUGAACAAGGGAAAAUAAAAAAAAAUGAAUAAAUAUAAAAUCAAUGAAAAUAAUAGUUAAGAGUCUACACAUUUUUAUGACUCUUAAGUUUUACUGUGAAAUAGCUUUCCAGAAAAAUUGUGCCAAUUUCUGUUCUCAUCAGCUGUGUGUAGUAUAUUUUUGUCCCCCUGGACACACUGACAAUCUCUUGAGUGUGACUAUUUCCUAUUAUCUUCCCAGCUCUGAAUACUUCGAUCUGUAUUUUCUUUACCUAUCUGAUAGGUAAAAAGUAGAAUCUCAUUAUUUUAACCUGCAUUUUUUAUGACAAGGGAGGUUGAAUAUUUUUAUUCUUAUGUACAUUGGCAGUUUAUAAUUCCUUUGUGAAUUGCUUAUUAACUUUUUUUUCUUUGGUGAGUCUGGAAAUAAGAGCAGACCUUGAGUCAGAGAGACCAUCAUUUGGAUCCUGGCUCUGUCUUUUAAGCACUGUGUAAUUUGGGGCAAGUAAUAUAAAUUCUCUAAGCUUCAGUUUCCUAAUUUGUAAAACAAUAUUUAUAAUUAUAAUACCUACCUCAAUGUUAUGAGAAUUAAAUAAAAUAACAUGUAGUUAAGUCACUUACCAAAGUGCUUGGCAUACAUUAAGAUGCUGCUGCCGAUAAAACAUAAAGCUGGAAAUAUUUGCCCAGUUAGUUGCUUAAGAUUUUUUUUCUACAAAAAUUAAAAAUAUUGUAGUUAGCGUAUGUCAGUCUUUUCUUUGUUUUAUAGUAUUUACUUUGGGUUUCUACUAAGAAAAUUGUUCUUCACGCCCAAGAGUAUAAAAAUAUGAUGAAAGUAUUUUUGAAUGUAACUGAGUUCAAAAUAGAAUCAUCAAUUUUAGUUAUUCACACUAAGAAAGAAACUAAUAAUUCUAUAAUUUUUUGGCUGGGCACGGUGGCUAAAGCCUGUAAUCCCAGCACUUUGGGAGGCCAAGGCGGGUGGAUCACAAGGUCAAGAGAUUAAGACCAUCCAGGUCAACAUGGUGAAACCCCAUCUCUACUAAAAAUAGAAAAAAUUAGCUGGGCAUGAUGGCACGUGCCUGUAAUUCCAGCUACUCGGGAGGCCGAGGCAGGAAAAUUGCCCGAACCCAGGAGGCAGAGGUUGCGGUGAGCCGAGAUCGCGCCAUUGCACUCCAGCCUGGGUAACAAGAGCGAAACUCCGUCUCAAAAAAUAAAAUAAAAUAAUAAAAUUCUAUAAUUUUUCUAUUUAUUUCAGAAAAUAUUAGCAUUCACUGUUGUUGAAGAAAUCCAGAAACAUUAGUUCACAUAUUUAACCAGUUUUUAAAAAAUGUUUUAAGACUGACAAUAAAUUCCCCUGGAUUAUUUGUAUAUUUAGGAAGAGUCUCUGUUAUUCUCUGCAGUAUUUUUGUGUCCACUAGCGAAUGACGUUGUGCUUGGGCCAAUGAAUUAGAAAAAGGGUCCCCUCAUUCCGCCCCCACACCCUCACCCACACUGCAGUUAAAUGACUCCUGUGGGUCAAGGCAGGUACACAGCCCUGGGAGUGAGGGGAACAGGAGCUGGAGUUCAGCUCCCACUUGUUUCUUCACCAGGUUCCUUGUGUACUGCCCAGAGUGCACCACUUUAUAAGAUGGGCCUGUGUUCUCAAAAUUGUUCUUGUAAUAAUUUGAGAAAUGAAUGAUUAUUUUAUCUAAACCCACUUGUGUAAUUCAACUGAACUGAGCAGCAUUUUAUCCAGGCAGUUUUAUAAAAGAAAAAAAGCUGGAUGCAGUGCCUCAUGCCUGUAAUCCUAGCAUUUUGGGGGCCUGAGGAGGGCAGAUGGCUUGAGCCUAGGAGUUCAAAACCAGCCUGGGCAACAUAGCGAGACCCUGUCUCUCUGAGAAAAUAUAAAAGUUAACGAGGAAUGGUGGUGUGUGCCUGUAGUCCUAGUUACUCAGAAGGCCAAGGUGGGAGGAUCACCUGAGCCCAGGGAGGUCAAGGCUGCAGCGAGCCAUGAUCAUACGCUGUACUCUAGCCUGGGUGACAGAGUGAGAACCUGUCGAAAGAAAAUAAAAAAGAAGAGAAGAGAAAAGAAAAGCUUUUAAUUUGAAAAUUGUGAGCAAAAAAUAAGAUAGAACUUUAUCUUUAGAGGGGUACAAAUCAUGCCCCCCUCUUUUCUUCUAUCUUGUUUAUUAAUCCAUGAGCACUUAAGGGAUGGCUUCUUCCUCCCGUAUAUAAUGAUGUUAAUGACACAUCUGGGGCCAUGCCCUUUUGCAUGUUUUCCUUGUUAUGGGUAAAUUGAUCAGCAUUGUGUGGAGUAUCCAGCAAAAUGUGCUCUGCAGAAGUCUCACACUCCAACUGUACUUAACCCAUCCUGUGGUUCUCCUCUCUUCUGCCCUUAUAUUACCCCAAAGCUUCCUACCCAUGAUUCUUUCUUACUAUCCUCACAGUCAUUUCUACUGUGCUCUUUAGAGCUGUGAUUCCAUUGUAAAUACAUUUUUUUUACUCAAAUCUCUUCACAAAAUGUUUUCUUCAUUUUUUUCUUUAAUUAAGACUUGUCUCUCUCCCAAGGUUCCUCUUGCAGCUGCAAGAAUAGAGGCAAUAACUCUUCAUUACCUCCUUCAGAGCCUCACUUUUCCUUUCUCAUGUAAGAACUCCUUAUACAGCCACUUGUUAACUUUCAUUAUUGCUGUGAUUUAUUAGCUCCCUGGUAAUGCCCUGCAUUUAUUGAGGAUUUCAGUUUUCCACUCUAAUUCUUACUCUCCUCAUGUGUGAUUUCAGUGACCAUGUGGACAGUUCAAUCAAUAACUGAGUUUCUUCAGCCUCCAAGUCCUGACCCUUUCCCUUUCUUCCCAGUCUGUUGUGUACUUCCUCAUUUUACUUCUCUCCCAUCCAUCCUAGACUCUAUGGUGACCAUUUUGCCACUUUUGCCAGUGCCCUCUGGGUCCAGGAUUUGUUUUCCUUGUGUUAAAUUCCCCAGAAAAAUCUUCAACCAUCUGCUUUCAGUUGUAGCUCCUUCACACAGGCUGCAUUGCCCUGCUGGAGGAAAGAGUAUAAUUAUGGGAUAAUUGCCACUAGAGAUUUAUGGUCUUCAAUUUCAGGGUGCCUCUUGGCAGUAUUCUGCAGUCUUUCUGUGUCUUUAUCACUUGUCUCAAAUCCCCUUUUCUACCACCGUUUUCUUUUUGAGCAAUCAUCUUGCCUCCUGUUUGAUAGAGAAAUUUAAGGCUAUGAAGCUUGAGCCUUUCUUUCCUGAAACUAAUGAACGCUUAUAUCCACACUGAACCUCUUUCCUAUAUGGUUGGAGGAAGAGAUGUCCUUUUUUCUAGUUCCAAGUAGUCCCCUCAAUUCUCUCCUAUGGGAUGUUACUCCAUCAGUCAUUUACUCUAAUUCCUGAAACUCUUUGGUUCUGCUUACUUCUUCCCCACAGUCUGAAGAUAAACUCAAGCCAUCCUGUCUUAAAAAGAAAGUAAAAAACCCCAAACACAACUUUUUCAGCUUUGUCCUCUUCUAACUCUUAUCUCUUCUUUCCGCUGGAAUGAAAUUUCUUUCUCAGUACACCAUGCUGUUUGUAUUUUCUUUUAUUCAUAGGAAUAACCUAAUUUAAAAAAAGAACAAAGGAGAGCUGAAGAAUUACUAAAGGCCAAUAAGCAUUUGCAAAAGUUUAACCUCACUAUUCAUUAUAGAAAUGCAAAUUGGAUCAACUAUAAUUUUUAUUACUCAAAAAUUAGGGCUUUAAGAGUAUGGGGAGAUGUUUACUGUCAAAUAUUACUAAUGGGAAUAUAAAUUGACACAAUCUUUCUGAAAAGCAAUUUAGUAAUUGUUUAACCCUGUAAUUCCACUUUAGGAGACUGUGAAGAAAAUAUUCAGAGAUAAAUGUGAAAGAAUAUUCAUGGAACAUUAUUUAUUGUGGCAAAACAACCCUUAAGAACCUAAAUGUCCAAUAACAGGGGCAGGCCAGAUACCACACUCUCAACAUGGAAAAAAAUCCAAAAGGAAAUACACUAAAAUGUUAAUGAGAGUUAUUUCAUUGUGAUAAGAUUACAGUUGAUUUAUUAUCUUUCUUAUAGUUUCCUAUGAUUUUCUAGUUUAAUUUAAAAGAAUAUGUAUUCAGAAAGACAAAAGUUAUACAUAUUAAUUCCUAAUCCUUCUACCCACACUGUCUUUGCCAUAGAGUAGGAAUUUUUGUAAAAUGGUGUUUGUAUGUCCAUAAGCUUUCAGUAUGUUCCAGUUGUUUUUAAAUUUUCUUUUAUAAAGUAUUGAUGUUCAUGAUGAAAAGGAGACGGAACAUGAUUUGCAUAGAGUUUUCCAUUAAGUGUUUGAACAGUAGGAACGUGUUGACCUGUACAGAAUGUUAGAGGAGGGAAAAGAGGAACUCUUCAGUGAAUGGCAGGGUGCAAGCAUUAAAGGAGAAGGAAGAGAACCAACCAGAAACAAAGGAACCAAUCAUCUCAAGCUAAGAGGGGGUAGAUUUACUUCAACACUGGGUAGAUUGUCUCAUAAUAUUUUCACUGAAUAUAAGACUAACAGCGAAACAUAUUUAAGUUAAAAGUAAAGAUGAGUUGGAUUCCCAGAAAAUGUGAGAAAGUGAUUAGUGACAGGAGUGUACUUCUCUUCAGAGGCCAGAAGCUGCUGCUGUUGGUUAAAUAGAGAUAUCUAGGAUAUUUGUUUCUGGUUGUAGACUUUUAAUUUCUGACUUUACAGAUGUAGACUGAAACUUAUCAUGUGGGUCCCCUGGCUCUGUUUAUUUGUUCAUAAUUUAUAUUCAUACAAGUAAUACUGUCAUAUCAAAUAAUGGCCAGUAUGUAUGUGAUAAACAGAAUGUUCUCAAAAAGGUGAAUAGCUUGUUUUUCAAAAGUUCAUUUGUAAAUUGGUUGUUUCGGACUUAGAAUAUAUUUUACUAUAGGAACAAUACAACAGAAAAAUUAGAUUUUAAGGCUAGUUCACUAAGUAUUUUUAACUUAUAAUGUACUUAAAGAGGAAGCCAGAGUGCUGGAAGAGUUAUCAAUAUAAUUGUUGAAGUUGUAGAGGAUCAUGAAAAAUUGGAUUAGAAAAAGAAAAUUUGAGCCAAGUGCUAAAAGAAAAUGGGAUAGUAUCCCAGGAAUUCACAGAUGGAGGGGAGAAGAGGAUAAUUGAAGACUUCGAAAGUAGAGUUUCUUGAAUGAUAAAACUCUAAAGGGCCUGAUUUUCCUGCUACUGUAGUACUAUGACAUGCAGCUGGAAUUGUUAGUAUUUACACUCACUUUAAGCCAAACCCUAACUUUUGUUACCAGGUCAAAUUGCAUUUAGAGUAGUUUUUCUGAAUCUUAGCCACACAUAAAAACAGAGAUGCCUGGGCCCAUACUAGACCAAUCAACUCAAAGUCUCUGCUGCCGGAUCCCAGGCACUGGCAUUGUUUUAAAAGCUCCCUGGAUAAGUCUAAUGUGCAUGUAGAAGGAGGGUGAACUGCCGGUCAUUGUUAGAAGUAUUCAUAAAUAAAUUACACAGGGUAGAAGUAAUGGGUGUCUAUUUUUUCUACCAUCUUACCUCUGCAUCUACCAUACUUCUUGAUUAUUAAUAGAAAUUCAAUGAAUAUUUGCUUAAUAAAAGAGUAAAUCAAGGAAAGAGGAAUGAAUGGAUUUAUCUGGCUCUAAUCCCACGUAUUAUAGUUCAGCAUUAGGGCACAAUUUAUGGCUAGUCGUUUACUGACUGUGUCUCAAUUCAUAGAACUGGUCUUUUGUCUGAUUCCCAAGUAAUACCUUUGGUACCCCAAUUCAUUCCUUCCUGCUUGGUUACUGUUUCUCAGUCAUUGUUGUCAGGAACCUGCCAUGAACUGCUUUCCUCUCAAGUCAGACUCACUUUCUAAGAUCCAGAAUGUUGUCCCUGAAUUUCAGCCAAAUAGCUGAGAGCCUGUAAAUUUGGCUGACAUUUUGACUUCUUCAGUAUUACUUUCUCUAAGAUUCCUCAAGAGUGUGUUCUGUUUCUUCCAUUUCAUACUCCCUCUUGUUGAUUUGUUGCUCUGGAACUGAUUGUAGUUGUAAAUGCACAGAAAGACUUCCAUUGUUCAGUAAGGUUACUUAAUUAUUAUUCAUACAGUUUUCUUCCCCAUUUUUUACCUUUAUUUUUUGUAUUGAAAGAUGUACAUUAACAGCUUCCACAAUAUUUGAGGAUUACAUAGUUUCUUAGUAUUUUAGAGAAUUUUUGUUAAAUAUAGCUUACUGCUCUAUAGUAAAUAAAAAUCCUUUAGUAUUAUAUCUUGUGAAUUAUUACUUUCUAUUAAAAAUAUCAUUUUUUAAUUUCAGUCACUGUUUUUGGAAUUGAUUUUUUUUGUCUGAUAGUAAUUGUACUAUCCCUGUUUUCCUUGUGUAGUAUGCAUUUAUCUUUGCUAUUGUCUUAUAUUUGACCAUCUUUUUGUCACUUACAUUUAUGUAUGCCUCUUAGAAAUAUAAUAUAGCUGAAUUUUCAUUUUUACUUUUUACCCAUUAUGAGAAUAUUUAUUUUCAAAUUGAAUGCCUACCAUCUUAUUUUAUGGUUUCCGUUUACUAUUCUUGUUUUGUAUAUAUAUAUGUAUAUUUACCUCUUCCAAAAAAUGGAAGAGAAAGAAACACAUCCCAACUCAUUCUACAGGGUCACUAUGACCCUGACGGCAAAUCCAGACAAUGGUAACAAGAAAAGAAAACUAUAUAUCAGUGUCUUUUAUGAAUACAUACACAAAUAUUUGUAUAUGUAUAUAUGUAUUUACAGGUAAAUAUGUAUGUCCUUUUCAAAGGACAUACACACAUAUAAUGCAAAUAUUAUAAAAUACAGAAAACCUCCUAUAAUCCUAUGACUAGUUGAUGUGUGAGAAUGGAUGUGUGUGUACUUCUAGAUUCUUAAAAAAGUUUUUUAAUAAAAAUGAAUUUAUCUUGAGUAUAUUGCUUUGUAACCUGCUCAAUAUUAUGCCACUAAAUAUUUAUCCAUAAUAUCUCUUUAUGGCUUUAAAAUACAUUUUAAUACAAGGUAUUUGUAAAUAAGUAAGAUAAAUCAUUCUGUACUCUAAGUAGGAAUAAUACAAAGUAUUUAUUUAUAAGUAAGAUAAAUUAUUCUGUACUCUGACUAAGUAGGAAUAUGUAGACUGGUGGAAAGAUUAUCUAGUUACUGAAUUAUAUAUGGAAUAUGAAACCAUUUAUGUAAAACAUGUUUGUAUGUAUGCAUGCAUAUAUAUGAAUUAGAUGCAUCUAUGUGCUUACAUAUAUAUAUUGAAGACUUCUUUAUGCUUGAAUUUUAACUUUAUUUAAAGCAUGUUUUGCUUGAAUUUUUAGAAUUGAAGAUAUACUUAUGUAUUACUUAUGUAAUAAAAAAUAAAACUAACACAUUCAUUUAAAAUAUUCAAGCAAAUACCAGCACAUUAGAUAGCUUAGAUAAAAUGAACAAAUUCUUAGAAAGAUAGAAGCUACUGAAAUUGACUUGAGAAAUAGCAUAUACUUGUAACUGAAUAGACAAGUAAAGAGAUUAAAUUGGUGCUCAAAAAACUACCCACAAAAACAAGUCUCAGCCAGGAUCACCUCACUGAUAAAUUAUAUGAAAUAUUUAAAGAAGAAUUAAUAGCAAUUAUUCACAACUCUUGCAAAAAAUAGAAGAGGAGGGAACAUGUUCCAACUCAUUCUACAAGGUCACUAUGACCCUGAUGGCCAAUCCAGACAAUGAUCACAAGAAAAGAAAACCAUAAAUCAAUAUCUUUUAUGAAUAUAUACACAAAAUUCUCAACAAAAUACUAGCAAACCAAAUACAGCAACACAUAAAAUGUAGCCAAGUGUGAUUUAUCUUAGGAAUGCAAGAUUGGUUUGAUACUGAAUAAUCUAUUAAUGUAAUAAGCUACCAAAAUAAUAAAGGUGACACAGAAAAAAUAUUUGACAAAAUAUGACAGACUUUCAUAAUAAAUACACUCAACAAACUAGGAGUAGAAAAAAACUUCCUAAAUUUGAUAAAGGACACAUGAAAACUCACAGCUAAUGCCAUAUUUAAUGGUGAAAAGACAGAAUGCGUUCCCCAAAGCAAGAGUGCCUGUUUUCACCAUUUCUAUUCAGCAUUUUGCUGGUGGUUCUAGCCAAUUAGGCCAAAAAAGAAAAUGGAAAAAUAAAAUAAAAUAAAAGGCA